AUGUGGGAACGAAGUGGCCAGAUUAUCGGGUUUUUUCUGAUUCUUAACGUGUUACUUGUUGAUGCCGGAAAAACGAGGCGGAUCAGGUCUAGGAACAGCAGUCAGCAGCAAGAUCAGGCACCUCCGGUAGACUACGACGAAUAUUAUGAGAAUUAUUCAGAUUACGAAGAAAUUGGAAACGAUACAACAACUGCCGCUGUUGCAACGACACGCACAGGACAUGAAGAUAUAGGUCAUGAAAGAACAACUGAAUCCCCGGAGAUAACAACAGUUUCAUCUCCAGUUGAACGAAUGUUUAAUGACACAGACUCAUCGUCAACGGAGAUGGUGUCGGGGGAGAGUAAUCAAAUAAAUUCAAUUGCCGGAAUACGUGGUCAACAAGGACGACCAGGGGAAGAUGGUCAGCCUGGUAUCGCGGGAGCACCUGGUUCUCCUGGAAUGCCAGGUGCCCCAGGACUCCCCGGAGCUGUACCCGAUAUGUCUUUAUAUUACCAACAAUUGGCGAUGGCUCAGGCGAGUGAUGAUAAAGGCCCGAUCGACGCAGCCUCAUCCCUCUAUAAUCCACUGAGUUAUUUACAAGCACCGGUGGGGCCUGCCGGCCCGAGAGGACCGCAAGGACCAGCUGGUGCACCGGGACUACAAGGUUUACAAGGCCCUCGAGGCGAGACAGGGGAUCCAGGUCUACCAGGUUUACCGGGCCCUCAAGGAACUAGGGGAUUGCCUGGAUUUCCUGGAAAAGAUGGUGAACCGGGGGAUGACGGUGAAACAGGUCAGCCAGGGAGUCAAGGCCUCCGGGGUUCGAGGGGGUUGCCAGGUUUACCAGGCAUUCCUGGAGCUAAAGGCCACCAGGGUUUGCCGGGAUUGGAUGGAGCCAAGGGCGAGCAUGGCGCCGCUGGUGACAAAGGCGACGUGGGCGCGCCUGGACCGACAGGGCUGCCGGGACCGCCGGGUCAAGCAGGGCCAAGAGGUGAGAAAGGGAGGGAAGGGGCUCAGGGACCGCCUGGAGUUCGUGGGAUUGACGGCGCAAAUGGACAACCCGGUCAAUCAGGUCCCGCUGGCAAAAUCGGUUCUCCGGGCUUUCCUGGAGUUCCCGGAAUGAAGGGCGACCAGGGGUUCCCUGGCCUCAAAGGCAGCCAAGGAUAUCCGGGCCAAAAAGGUGAGUCAGGGCGAAAUGGCGAGCCUGGAGAAACGGGCGCCGAAGGUCUUCCUGGAAAGGAUGGCAUUCCGGGUGAGAAAGGAAUUGCCGGACUUCCGGGAUUAGUCGGCGUUCCAGGAUUUCCAGGGGCUAGAGGAUUGCCCGGUAUACCCGGUACUCCCGGGCUGAUGGGCGCUAAAGGCUUUCCUGGGAUUCCCGGUGAGAGAGGAUUCAGAGGGGAUACUGGGAUGAAAGGAGACUUUGGGCCUCCCGGACCGCGAGGACAACCAGGUCCCCCCGGAAAUGAUGGUAAACGUGGCAAGAGAGGCCCACGGGGACCUGCAGGUGCGACAGGACUCCCGGGGACACAGGGUAUUGCCGGGGAGCGCGGAUUGCCGGGGAUGCCUGGUCCAUCCGGAGCGCCAGGGCCUAGAGGACUGCGCGGCCUGCCGGGAGAGAUGGGGGCACCUGGGAGACCUGGGGUAGAAGGAAAAUCUGGUCCCCCCGGACUCACAGGAUUACAGGGACCGCAGGGGAUACCAGGGGAAAUCGGCCCCGAAGGACCCAUCGGAAAGACGGGACCGCCUGGUUUGAGUGGUCGACCUGGUGACAAAGGCCCUCCAGGUUCGGUUGGCUUCCAAGGAGAGCCGGGAAACCCGGGACAACCGGGUUCCACUGGACCAAUGGGUCCCAUGGGUCUCACUGGCGAUCGAGGGUCCAAAGGAGAAGCUGGUAUUCGCGGUGCGGAUGGGCCACAAGGACCGAAAGGAAGACCAGGUCUGCCUGGGAAUGAGGGACCCAAAGGUGAUCGAGGAUUGGAGGGUCAGAAAGGUUCCAAGGGCCACCGCGGGCUGAUGGGACUCCAAGGUUUACCUGGAAUACCGGGUGCUGUUGGGGAGAAAGGAAUUAUUGGGCUUCCCGGAGUGUCAGGUAAAGAUGGUAUCCCUGGGUUGAGGGGUCCGCCUGGCCGGGAUGGGAAUCCCGGCCCGAUAGGGCUUGCUGGGAAUCCCGGUCCACCCGGAGUAGCUGGUGAAGAUGGACGACAUGGACCUCCUGGCCCUCCCGGGCCUGUGGGACCACCGGGUCCUCCGGGAGAAGGAAAUUUCGGAUAUGAUGCAGCUUCUUUAGCAGCCCUCAUGAUGCAGGGACAGACCAAAGGGCCUGAUUCAAUGGUAGGAGACGAGCCUUUGAGACUUUUCGGCAAAGAGAUGACUAAAGAUGAGCAAAACAAGCUCCUCACUAGAGCCUAUGAGCACUUCAAGUCAAUAGUCCAGAAUGCCAUUGAGCCCGAUGGCGAUGAGAAUUCUCCUGCUCGGACUUGCAGAGAUUUAUUUAUUUCACAUCCAGAUAAACCGUCAGGCGAGUACUGGAUCGACCCCAACGGAGGCGAUGUUCGCGAUGCAAUUGUUGUUCAUUGCGACGUGAAUAAACGUGCAACAUGUAUCUUCGCGAGUCCUUCGAGGACGGAAGAGAUUAAUCACUUAGGCCGUCAUCUCGGUGGCGGAAUUUGGCUCAGCGAAAUAGAGGAUGGCAUGAAGAUAAGUUAUAAAGCGGAUAGCAAUCAAAUCGGAAUGCUCCAAUUAUUGUCGACGCAUGCCGAGCAGAAUUUGACGUAUCAUUGUAAGAAUAGUGUUGCCUAUUACGAUGAGGAACACAAAACACACAGGCGUGGACUGAAGUUACUCGCGUGGAAUGACGUCGAAUUGACGCCACGGGGUAAUCAGCGACUACGAUAUGACGCAACUUUGGAUGGAUGCCAGACCCGGGCGAAUGAAUGGGCUACAACUGAAAUCACAUAUACCACGGAUAAGCCCACACGCCUUCCUUUGGUUGAUAUUGCGCUGAGAGACAUCGGCAAACCCGAGCAAAGAUUUUGGAUCGAGAUCAAUUCCGUCUGCUAUCGAUAA